GAAGCAAUAAAAAGUAGACUCAUACAACAAAACACACGCCCCUUUUGCAACGGUUUCAACUUUCUCUUAAUUUACCUCUCCUAUAUAUUUAUAUAUGUAGCUUUCUUUGUCCAUACACUUUAUCAAUCUACAAUUUGUUCUUUUGGUUCUCAUUAUUCUUAUAUAUAGAUCAAAGAUCCUUUGAGUUUUCAUGAGUAGUGAAAAAAUGGUUUGCAUGGUUUCUCGUUCUGGAAGGGAGAUGCAAAGAUACAAUAGUAACGGUGGUCGCCAAGUUGUAGGGUGCAUACCUUACAGAUAUAAACAAAACAUUGAUGGAAGUAUGAGCAAUGAGUUGGAGGUACUUCUAGUUAGCUCACAAAAGGGUCAUACAUUCAUGUUUCCAAAGGGUGGAUGGGAAGUUGAUGAAUCUUUAGAAGAAGCAGCUUGUAGGGAAUCUCUUGAAGAAGCAGGAGUUAAAGGAAUUGUUGAACAAGAAUUGGGUGAAUGGAGUUUUAUUAGUAAAAGAUAUGGUAUAUACUGUGAAGGUCACAUGUUUCCUUUACUAGUGAAGGAACAGCUUGACAUUUGGGCUGAGAAAAAUCUACGUACAAGAUUAUGGAUGGAUGUUGUUGAAGCAAGAGAUGUUUGUCAGCAUUGGUGGAUGAAGGAAGCUUUGGAUAUACUGGUUCAUAGGCUAAAUCUACACCAAAAUAAGGACACUUAGCUAGAAUUAUUUUGGAAAAUGUUUUGCAUUUUUGUAGUAUAAAUAUUGAAAAAUUAAGAGCUGUUAUUUAAAGUUGGGGAAACUAUUUAUCAUGUUACAUGAGAGGGACUAUAUUUCAUUAUUUACCCCAUAAGUUAAAAGUAAGAGUUGUCCAAGUUGUAUUGUAUUUAUCAUAUAAAAAUAAUUGUAUUUUAACUGUUGCAACAUAAAGACAAGAA